CAGACUCUGCACGAUGCAGUUUCAUCGUUGUGGCUCGUUCCAUCUGCAGCAAUUCCAUCGAUACCAAGCCUCUGCGCUCAAAGAAACUCAGAGCCCAAUAUGCCUUCCCACCUACCGUUCGAAAUCAUUUGCGAACUCGCAAAGUGUGCAUCUCCUGCGACUUUGAAGAACCUUGCGUGUGCCAGCCGACAGUGCCAUAAUACGUUUAUCAAGCAGCUGUAUCACCAUGUCAUUCUCAUCGACGUUGCCAUGAUCGAUUCGUUGGACACUACGCUCCUAAGCCAUCCUGAUCGUGUCGCUUGGAACUAUCGUUUGGAGCAUCAUGCUGUUUGGGACAACUCUUUCGAUACUUCCCAUAUUGUAGACUUCACCAAACUCUGGUGUCCGCGGACAGAACUCCAUUUUGUCCUUCUUGGACAUGGCGGAGAUGGGUGUGCGGUAGAAGAUCCUCACGAGCCGGUACUUGUUGCAACCCGACCAUUGGCAUCCUCGUUCACCGGUUCAUGGACUUCAGAUCUAGAUUAUCUGCAGGUUGAACAGGUUGAACGAGCAUGCUCCGCGAAUCCUCCAAGCUCCAAACAGGGAAUAUUCCUCAAGAUCCCAACCAAAAUCGCCGAGGGGCCGCCACUCUGCGCCACGCGAGCGCCACCUUUCAACGACAAACGUAGAAUGUACGGAAACGAUAUUGCGACCGGACCCCGGGUCGGUUUCGACGGAGAGGAGAUCAACGAUGACCUUCUCCAGAAAGCGGCCGGGCGAGAUGGUAGAGCGAGCCUGAGAAUGGACCUUGACCGAAACCGCCAAGCGACCCCUAUGGACAUUGUACGACAAUCAGACUCGGCCGACGAGCUCGAUGAUAAUCUGAAUGCAGGAGAAGAUGAGGAAGGAGACGCAGAAGGAGAUGAAGAAGAUGACGAGAACGAGGAGGUCAUACGCUGCAUCUGUCACUAUAACGAUGACGACGGCAAUACGAUUGCUUGCGAUAAAUGCGGCGUUUGGCAGCACAUGCUUUGCGUCGGUAUCGACCCGAAUGACGUGCCAGAGAAAUACUACUGCGAAAAAUGCAAGCCUCGGCCUUUAGACGCUGAAAAGGCCGUCGAACUGCAGAGACGACAAAGAGAGCGCACUCGAACAUCUUCAAGGGGUCCAUCUCAAAGGGAAAGAGAGCGAGGGGCUGGAACACCGCAGGGAGGAGGCUCAUCAUCGCGACCCAGCAGGUUGCAAAGGAGUCGAGCUUCCAACGUCCCAGACAAAGAAAGAGAGACUCUGCCGAGAAGGCGUGAAGCCAAAACUGCUCGCGGACGAGGCCGUCCCAAGGCUCGCACCGAGGGUACAAACGCACAAAUAAAUGACGCUCCGGAAAGGUCGCCAGAAGUUUCGAGAAAGGACAAAGAGCAACCGCGAGGAUCGGCGCGGCGACAACGUGUCCCAUUUUCCCAGCAACAUCAACUCAUAUAUACCCAACGACAACAUAACUCGAACCUGUCGCCAUCGCAUGGCAGAUCAAUGCCGGCACGGCAUGCCAGCAAUCCACUCGACGACGAAUAUCGUCACUCCUUGCACACAUUUGCGGAGCUAUCUUACACUCGAUUUGCGGAGCCUCGCGUUGCCACUUUGGUCGAAAAACUCUGCACCGAGUGGGAUCAAAGCGAUGCUCUCAAAAAGAUAGCGGAACACUUUGCGUCAUCGAAAGAAAAUGCAGCAGAUAUGGCGGAUGUUCUGAAGCCUCCAAAUACGGAGUUGACCCCGAUCCGGGCACAAUGGCUUGAAAACCGAAUUCCUGUGGCAGUUUGCGAUCCGAUUCCGGUUGACGGGUAUGAUGAUAACAUCGACCCUCGAGUACUGCCAGGCAGUUUGAUUGAUUACGGACUGUUUGCGACGGCCGAUAUUCCCGAAGGAGCGUUCAUCACCGAUAUCAAAGGCAGUCUCACGUUCCUCUCGAAACUUGGAAAGUCCGGCGGCCUCCCUGUCAUCGAGGCAAAAGGUGGAGAAGUAUACCCUGCAUUCGUUUUCCCACACAUUUUCCGCCCAAGCAGUCACGCCGAACGUCUCGUCGUUGACGCCCGCGGCGCUGGCGAGCGCGGUGGAAGGAACGUCCGCCGUCAUUGCGGUGCAGGCAAGGACGAGGAUGAAGUAUGCAACGCUGAGCUUCGCAGUAUCAUUACCUAUCAGAUUGUAGAUCCCGUUCCACCGGAGCCCGCGGAACCGACAGAGACACCCAGACCGACCACGCGCAAAUCCACGAUUAAAGCAGCACCUCUCAAUGCUCGUCUACUGUUAGCUAUCUAUGCCACACGUGACAUCUCCGCAACAGAGGAGAUCGUCCUUGGACCCGCGCUAGGCUCUGAAUCCGAUUUGAAGGUGGCAGGGUAUCCUUGCGUGUGUAGUAACCCGCGCAUCUGUCGCACUGCAAAGGCGAGGGUUCUGUAUGAGAGGAUGGUUCGAGGUGAAGAAUCCGAUGAGCCAGUGGAAGAAGAUGGACAGCGUUGCCGGUCUGCAAGACAUAGACGCAACAACUCGUCACGUGGCGAACCAAUGAGUGAAGACGAAGCUGAUGCGCCAAAAGCGAAAGCCUCCGAAGCUGCACCUACGAGAACAAAUAGUAAGCCCGCUGCGAGUGGAGAUAGCAGCAAACCCCUAUCACGCGAGGAGAAGAAACUCCAAGACCAGCUAGCACGCAUCGAACGCAUGGAGAAAGAAGCCGAGAAGAAGAAACAACGACAAGGUCGACGUAGGACGACUUCUGGCGGAGGUGAAGCAGACGGCGACGACUUUGAUGACGCGCGGGAAACAGAGGGCACGCCACGACGCAGACGCACCAGGCAAGGAAGCACGGAAGGAACACCUGGAAGCGAGCCUGACCGGCCGUCGAGGUCGGGCGCAUCGUCUCUUCAGCCAUCCGUCGCAGGUGAAGAAACAGCAGAACAAAUCGCGAAAGGCCGCAAACGGGAAAUCAGCGAGGUUGAGGCACGCGCCGAGAGCCCACCGCGUCGGAAGCGCGGUUUGAAGGCGUGGAUCUUUGCUCAGGAAGAAGCGAAGAAAGCGCAGGAGGCCGCACUUGUCAUUCCGACCGUUGAGGAUCUUCCCACUGAUGAAGCCUCGAAAGCGGCGCGCGCACGUCGAAAGCGCACAUUGUCAGAUGCAGAAACUGGUACUGCAGGGGAACCCGAUGACGUUAUCUCCGGCGGCCCCUCCACGCCGACGUUGAAGAAGGUCAAGUUAGAGGAUAGCGUCGCGCCCAUCAAAGAAGCUGUUCCCGAUGACCGUAAGCCCUUGGCCGCCACAUGUGAUUCAACGCCGGCUACACCAGCGUUCGUACCGCCGCCCGUUAUCCGUAAAGUCUCAUUGGCAGAAUUCAUGGCCAAAAAGCGCUUGAAGAUGGAAGCGGCUGCAGCAGUGUCUGCCACCGCUUCUACUCUCACAUCUGCGGUCACCACUCCUUUGUCGUCUGCUCCAGACACUCCUUUAAUAACGGCAGCGGUGUUGGACCCGUUCAACCCGGCGAGCGAGUCUCCGUUCCCCACCACUGGAGUGUCUUCGGCUAGCGUGCUUGGCAACGUGAACGAGAACAAAUCAUCGAGUUUCGUCAGUUCUUUGCCACGCGUGGAUGAAAUUCCGGAGCAACGCGCGACGGUCUCGGUCUCUGUGGUCUCUGUCACAUCGGUAGCGCGGGCCGAGGAGCGAAGAAGAUCAGUAUCAGUUGGCCCUUUGCACGGAACUCAGGAGGGACCAACUGAAGGACGCAAGGAAGGGCCGAACAGUGCGGAUCAAGGUUCAAAGGGUUCAAAUCACUUCCCAAUUCAAGCGGUUACGGGACUGGCUUCUAUAUACGGCACCACCACGCAACCGCCGCAAGAUGAACCUAAUAGUCCACACGCUCGCAGGAAUGGCGGUCGGGCACUGUUCCCACCGGGUGAGCAAGCGCACGGCACAUUAACUGGCCCAAGCGCCGGAGCUCGUCGUCUGUCUAGAGGCGCGGGUCAGGAGCCGGAGCACGACUGGCACAGUCGUCGGUCAUCAAUCAUCUCCAACUCCGGUCAUCCUACUUUUCCGAGGCGUCCACAAGUCUCGCCCACAAUACCCCACGGAUCCUUCCGCGGCCCUGCCCCUGGACGUUCACCCUCUCGCGUCUCGCCACCGCCGGCGUCAAAAUACAAGCAGACGGCAAGCGCGUAUCCAAAUUACCGCCCGCCGCCACCUUCAUCGCCAAACAUGUCGCGGCCUGAGCCUGGUUUCAACCCCUAUGGUCCGGGAGGCGCCCCAGCUUUUCCCCAACAGCUUUACGGUCCGGAAAGAAUCGAGCGACCGCCACCGCAUUUCAGAAGACCGCCGCCGAGAUAUCCUCACGGUCCACCGCUGCCUAUGCACGCAGGGGCUGGCCCAAGAGAUUACUACGACCAGCGACAUGGACCGCCGCAUGCUCCUGGACCUCAUGAAGGUGAAUUCGACUACGCUAAUGAACGCAUGCGGGAUCCUCGAGAUCCCUACCUAGCGCCAGCACCACGCGGCGAUCCUCGAGACCGGGACCCCGAGCUCAGAGAACGGGAGUGGGACCGAGAGGGUGCACGGGAACUCGAAGCCGGCCGUCAUGGCGGUGGACCACCCAUGUGGGCGCCUUCUGGACGUGGACGCCGUCGUAGCUGGGGCCAACGAGAUCCCCGCGGCUUCCCCGCGCCUCCUGGGCCGGGACCCGGUGGAGAAUGGGAUCAGCCCUGUGAACCGCUGGAGCGGAGUGAUUGGGUGGAUUCGCGGGAGAGGGAUCCGCGAGAGCAAAACCUGCGUGAACGUGAGCGGCUGGAUCGCGAGCGGUUCGGACAUCCCGGGGAUGGUUAUGGUGGACCUGGGCCGCAUUUGAUGGCAGGGGAUGGGAAUAGGGAACGGGGUAACUCCCCUGUCCACAUGCGCAGAGCAAGCAUUACUAGCGCAACAGUUGGUGGAACUACGCCCCGGAGUGCGCAGGAGCCUCCGCGCGGGUUUCAGGACAGACCGACCGUUCAAGUCUCUGCUCGACCGAGAUCUCUGUCGCCAAACCGCGGGGCUCAUCUCGACCGAAUGGACAUUGAUGAACCAGUCUCUUUAAGGCAAAACUCCCCGCUACCGACUUCGGAUCGUCGUGACGGUCAACGGGACGAUAAAGAUGCCAGAUUGCGUCGUGCGGAUAUCAUGGAUCCUGGCAGGAGGGAAUACCUGGAGACGGACGAUAGACGGUCUCGUCCAGCAUCCCCAGCCUCUCGCAUCUCCGCCCGAUCCCGAUCCCGUUCACGAUCAGUGUCACGAUCUCGCUCACGUUCCAUCUCCCGAUCGCCCACACCACCGCCGCGGCGCCUACGUGUCGUCUCGCUCGAGGAUACGCGUGGCUCGAUUGGUAGCGGUCGAGGCUUGGAAGGAGAGCAGGAUAGGGAUAGCAUGCCUAGCUACAAUGGCUCACGGUCUGGAUCACGUAGCCCGUCGACUUCGAGUCGCACGGGUACAAACUCGGGUUCGCUCUCGUCUGAGCUGGAGUAUCGCGGCGAAGCGCCCGGAAAUCCCGCCGAUGGUCCCAUGUCUGCUCUCUCCCCUCGGUACGGGGCGCGACCAUAUCCACGACGCAGACGGGGUCGACGUCGCUCCAGGACACCUUUGCGGGGGAUUGGAAUGGACGGAGGCAGAGAUUUCGUCCGCCGUGUCGUUUCUCUAGACCGUGACGACGAAGACAUCCCCGACGGAGGGCCCCGUAAAGAGGACGACGACCUCUACCCGCCCCGACGCACGGACCCAGACGGGGGGUUCCACCCCAGACCGGGAUACCGCCCCGAACUCCACCCGGAACGCUCGUACCGUCCCAGCUACGGCGCCAGCGGCCCGUCCUCAGCCUCCGUUUCGGUAACCGGCGACCCGAUGGAACUCACAGAUAGGGACCGCGACCGAGACCGCGAUGAGGAACGCGACCGGGACCGGCGGCCGUCGUCUGCGCAGACCAUCCGUCCCGCGUUACGUGACCGUUUGCAGCAGCGUAGUCGGGUGUCCUCAACCAGUCCGCCGCCGACACUCUCAUCCUUCCUGGGACGCGACCGGGUCUCCGGCUGGGACGUACGCGGACCCGUUGGCCCGGAAGUCGUCGGUGGGCCCCUCAGACCCGCGAGGGAGUAUGAGACAGGUGGUCGGCCUACCCGGGGAGGGCGUGGAGGAGGACCGAGAGGGAGGGGGAGGCGGGGGCUUGGGCAUCAUCAUGUGGAAGGGGGCCCAGGUGGUGGCGGGGAGAGGAUGUCGAGUCAGGAGUUUUGGGAGAGGACGGGGAGGAGUUAUCGGCCUGACUAUAGCAAGUAG